AUGCUCGCCAAGACCUUUGUCCUGCUAGCCACCCUGGCCCUCGCCUCCGCCGGCCCAGUCCCCAGACCAGGCGGCUGCGCGACCUCUCCCGCCAAGCCCACUCUUCCCACCAACGGCAACGGCGUCGAACUCCCCGCGCCCGCAGAGGACCUCGUCCUCAAGCACAUCGCCCUCGGCCACGGCAUCCAGAACUACACCUGCACCGGCACCAACGCAACCGCCAUCAGCGCGACCGCGACCGGCGCCCUCGCCGCCCUCUACGACGCCAUGUCCCUCUACCCGAACCAGGGCCCCCAGGCCCUCUCCAUCGACGCCUUCAACAGCCUGACCACCAAUGCCGUCUGGGGCGCAAAGCUGCCCCUCACCUCCGACGGCGUCUCCAAGUUCGGCGCCUCCUCCGCCUCCCCGUUCCCCACCCCCGGCGCCGACCUCGACAUGCCCGGCCUCAAGGCCCUCCCCUUCAUCGGCGUCCACUUCUUCGACGCCACCGGCGUCCCCACCUUCAAGGUCGGCGAGGACAUCUUCGCCGGCGGCAAGCUCAACGGCACAAAGGCUCCCACCGCGGCUGACGUUGGACCCGAGAAGACGGGCGCCGUCGACUGGCUCCGCCUCGGCGACAAGGGCGCGAGCAAGGGCAUCACCUCCAUCUACCGCGUCGUCACCGCCGGCGGCGUCGCCCACGCCUGCACCACCCCCGGCGCGUCCGACAGCGUCCCCUACGCGGCGUACUACUGGAUGUACGGCCCCAAGGCAUAA